AAGCAUAUGACAAAUGGGUUUAUUUGUUGGACAUGCGCAAGCAGAUAGCUCACGUCGUGUUUGGCUUAACAGGUUGUGACAGGAAAUUAGGUGUAUGACAUCUUUUGUUUUUGGGGAAAUUUUACUACCCCGUACAGUAGGUGGCGGCAAUACACUUUAUGAGUGUAGUCUGCCAAUAAACCUCGAAGAAGAAGCCGGCGUAUGUUAUACCUGCUCCUUUCGCUAUUAUCGAAGAGAGAGUCCGAGAUACCUUAAAAUCCCGUUAGAGCGAAUCGAAAAACAAAUUGACCGGAGGUUUAAUUCACACAUGUAUUACUUAAGUGUAAUCGGAGCAUAUUGUAUUUUUUUUAAAAGAGGGUAGCUAACUUCUGUUUUAAUAGGCAUUACACAGAACGUUAGCUAGCCUGCUAUUUGCUAGGUAAGCUAAUAGCUAGCAAGGUUCUAAGGUUUUGAAUCACAUACGCUAGUAGCUAAACUAGCAAGCUGACGUUAGCUGUCUCAAAUCUAUCUAGGUCGCUAAAACUUAGCCUAUUAGUAUCUUUUCAUCAUUUGGUUGCAGUGUAUAGUGUUUGAGAUCUUAAGAAUACACCGCUAACGUUGUCGUUUAUGGGAUAAUGUCAAUGAAGCAGGCCGGUGGUAAUCGCAAACCCGGCGGUGGUGCUGCCGCUGGUGCCGGGGGAAGUGGCGGACGACAGAAUUUGGGCAGGUCGGUGAUUUAUUCAGUCGACAUUUUAGUUAACAAAUAUGAUUGAUGCCAACGUUUUGAAAUUAGCCCAAGCUAAUUAUGAUCUUAAUUACAGCAGCUGACAUUUCCGCGAUAACUUCUAAACGUGUGUUAUGUGAAUGCACAUUUCAGUGGGGCCUGACUGCUUACUACGUCGUUGGUGGGCAAGUUUUUAGCCAGCUAACUAGCAAGUUAGGCCUACGAAUCAUGCUGGUACACAAGGUCCCAGCACUGGCAGUAUUGCGGUACUUAGUUUUAUUUUGGUAACUCCAUCUGUUUUAGUAGUUAACUAGUAUUGAGAACAUUAACUUAACUAGUAGUGGUUACUGGUUUGUGUCGUGUCAAUUGCUUCACAUGAUCACCCUGUCACGACAAGAGAAUGCAUAUACAUCUAGGAAUCAAACUACAUAACUAGUAUACUACAUAACUAGCUUCUUCACUAGAAUUAGGCUACUUUGUUAGCCAACUACCAUUCAUUCAUGCCAUUGAAUCAGCACCAACUGGUAUUAUUGGAUAAGUCAGCAUAGUAAAAGGUGGGCUGUGUCUAGCUACCAAUUUGUAAGCCAGGGGUGUAUUCAUUAGAAACCGUUUACCAUUUAAGAACCAAGCAGAAGCAAAAGGAGCAAACGAAACAGAGGGACCUACCUGAUUUUGUCCAAUAAACUCUUGAGUUUCCGUUUGGAGUAAAGUUUGUUGUGAAACGUUUUGCAACAGAAUCAGCAAUGUGAUAAUUAUACUGAACAAAAAUAUAAUAUGCAACGUGUAGGGUCCCAGAAAUGUUCCAUCUGUGCACAAAUUAGUUUACAUCCCUGUUAGUGAGCAUAUCUCCUUUGCCAAGAUAAUCCAUCCACCUGACAGGUGUGGCUGAUUAAGAAGCUGAUUAAACAGCAUGAUCAUUACACAGGUGCAUCUUGUGCUGGGGACAAUAAAAGGCCAAUAAAAUGUGCAAUUUUGUCACACUACAGUCGUGGUCAAAAGUUUUGAGAAUGACACAAGUAUUGGUCUUCAUAAAGUUUGCUGCUUCAGUGUUUUUAUAUAUUUUUGUCAGAUGUUACAAUGGCAUACUGAAGUAUAAUUACAAGCAUUCCAUAAGUGUCAAAGGCUUUUAUUGACAAUUACAUUAAGUUUAUGCAAAGAGUCAAUAUUUGCAGUGUUGACCCUUCUUUUUCAAGACCCCUGCAAUCCGCCCUGGCGUGAUGUCAAUUAACUUCUGGGCCACAUCCUGACUGAUGGCAGCCCAUUCUUGCAUAAUCAAUGCUUGGAGUUUGUGGGUUUUUGUUUGUCCACCUGCCUCUUGAGGAUUGACCAUACAUUCUCAAUGGGAUUAAGGUCUGGGGAGUUUCCUGGCCAUGGACUCAAAAUUUCAAUGUUUUGUUCCCCGAGCCACUUAGUUAUCAAUUUUGCCUUAUGGCAAGGUGCUCCAUCAUGCUGGAAAAGGCAUUGUUCGUUACCAAACUGUUCUUGGAUGGUUGGGAGAAGUCACUCUCGGAGAAUGUGUUGGUACCAUUCUUUAUUCAUGACUGUGUUCUUAGGCAAAAUUGUGAGUAAGCCCACUCCCUUGGCUGAGAAGCAACCCAACACAUGAAUGGUCUUAGGAUGCUUUACUGUUGGCAUGACACAGGACUGAUGGUAGCGCUCACCUUGUCUUCUCCGGACAAGGUGUUUUCCAGAUGCCCCAAACAAUCGGAAAGGGGAUUCAUCAGAGAAAAUGACUUUACCACAGUCCUCAGCAGUCCAAUCCCUUUACCUUUUGCAGAAUAUCAGUCUGUCCCUGAUGUUUUUCCUGGAGAGAAGUGGCUUCUUUGCUGCCCUUCUUGACACCAGGCCAUCCUCCAAAAGUCUUCACCUCACUGUGCGUGCAGAUGCACUCACACCUGCCUGCUGCCAUUCCUGAGCAAGCUCUGCACUGGUGGUGCCCCGAUUCCGCAGGUUAAUAAACUUUAGGAGACGGUCCUGGCGCUUGCUGGACUUUCUUGGGCGCCCUGAAGCCUUCUUCACAACAAUUGAACCUCUCUCCUUGAAGUUGUUGAUGAUCCGAUAAAUGGUUGAUUUAGGCGCAAUCUCACUAGCAACAAUAUCCUUGCCUGUGAAGACCUUUUUGUGCAAAGCAAUGAUGACGGCACGUGUUUCCUUGCAGGUAACCAUGGUUAACAGAGGAAGAACAAUGAUUUCAAGCACCACCCUCCUUUUAAAGCUUCCAGUCUGUUAUUCUAACUCAAUCAGCAUGACAGAGUGAUCUCCAGCCUUGUCCUCGUCAACACUCUCACCUGUGUUAACGAGAGAAUCACUGACAUGAUGUCAGCUGGUCCUUUUGUGGCAGGGCUGAAAUGCAGUGGAAAUGUUUUUUUUGGAAUUAAGUUCAUUUUCAUGGCAAAGAGGGACUUUGCAAUUAAUUGCGAUUAAUCUGAGCACUCUUCAUAACAUUCUGGAGUAUAUGCAAAUUGCCAUCAUAAAAACUGAGGCAGCAGACUUUGUGAAAAUUAAUAUUUAUGUAAUUCUCAUAACUUUUGACCACGACUGUACACAAUGCCAUAGAUGUCUCAAGUUUGUCCACCAGAGCUGUUGUCAGAGAAUUGAAUGAUUUUCUCUACCAUAAGCCACCUCCAAUGUUGUUUUAGAGAAUUUAGCAGUACAUCCAAACAGCCUCACAACUGCAGACCACGUGUAAUAUGCCAGCCCAGGACCUCCACUUCCGGCUUCUUCACCUGUGGGAUCAUCUGAGACCAGCCACCCGGACAGCUGAUUAAACUGAGGAGUAUUUCUGUCUGUAAUAAAGCCCUUUUGUGGGGGAAAAACUCAAUCUGAUUGGCUGGGCCUGGCUCCCAAGUGGGUGGGCCCUUGCCCAGUCAUGUGAAAUCCAUAGAUUAGGGCCUAAUAUAUUUAUUUCAAUUGACUGAUUUCCUAAUAUGAACUGUAACUCUGUAAAAUUGUUGCAUUUCUAUUUUUGUUCAGUGUAUGUUUCCAUACUGGGUGUUACAAGAAAGCUCUAUACAUACGCUGCCAUAGAUUUUUCAACUAACCUGUUGUUGGCGAUGCCUUUUUUCUCAAUUCGGUGAAAAACGUAUCUUCGGAAUGUCCCUGUCCAGUUGCAUGUGGUUCAACAAAAACUCAAAGAUAUUAAAUCCAUGUUUUGUACAGAGUGUGAAAUGCCUCUUGCACGUGGGUAGAUAUUUGAUUUGGUUGCACUGUGUGACGUGCUGUCAUCUACUUCUACAAGUGGCCACAGUUUUCAAACCCAGAGGCUCAACCAGAGACGAAAGAGGAAGUGAGACACUCGACUAAUUGAAGUCACUAAACUAAGUAGACCAGAUCUAGCUGCUUUCCACGUGGUAGUUUCUUGUCAAUGUUGGUAGUUAUCUGGCCAUCCAGAAUCUCAACAACUCAUGGACUUCUGCCCCAUUGACCGGUGCGCAUCAUUUUCAUGAUGUUGUCAGCUAACCCAUCUAUGGGAUAGCCACACCGUUAAGCAGACAGCAACUGACCAAUGGUAAACGGCCUGAGUGAACUAUCUUAAUUUAUCCACCAUUUUUGUCACAACAUCGCAAUACUUCGGGAACGUGUCACGAGAAGCAGACUCGACAGACCAGACCGGGGUUUGUCUCGAGUUCAUAUUUUCUCUAAUUCAAAAGGCAAUACCUUGAUUCGAGCUAAUGUCUUAAGUAGCUGAACCUGUCAUUACUACAACCUCGUGAAAGUGACAAACACGUUUUCAUUUUUUGUCAAACUACUUUAUAUUGAAAGAGUACCUUUCGUUUGACGGCCUGCACAUGCGCAGUUCGGCGUGAAAUGACUGCUAGACCCGUUGAUGUGUUUUUGCUCAUGCGCUAUGCUAGCUGAAGUCGCCAUGACAUCGCCUACAAGCGUGAUCGGGGAUUUCUAUUGAAGAAGCAGUUUCUUCAUGUCUUCAUAGUGUACUGCAGGGAUCAUCAACUAGAUUCAGCUGCUGGCUGAUUCUUAUUUUGUUUUAUUUUUUUACGUCUUUUUUUUUCUUGAGAGGAUGGUCAGGGGGCCGGAACAUAAUUACAAAUAAUUUGUAGACUGCAAAUUGAACGCAAGAAACCCAAACUGAUAAUAUUUGACUAAAACAAUAAUUUCAAACCUUGCUUACAUUUGUAUACGAUGACAUACAGUGGGGGAAAAAAAGUAUUUAGUCAGCCACCAAUUGUGCAAGUUCUCCCACUUAAAAAGAUGAGAGAGGCCUGUAAUUUUCAUCAUAGGUACACGUCAACUAUGACAGACAAAUUGAGGAAAAAAAGUCCAGAAAAUCACAUAGUAGGAUUUGUAAUGAAUUUAUUUGCAAAUUAUGGUGGAAAAUAAGUAUUUGGUCACCUACAAACAAGCAAGAUUUCUGGCUCUCACAGACCUGUAACUUCUUCUUUAAGAGGCUCCUCUGUCCUCCACUCGUUACCUGUAUUAAUGGCACCUGUUUGAACUUGUUAUCAGUAUAAAAGACACCUGUCCACAACCUCAAACAGUCACACUCCAAACUCCACUAUGGCCAAGACCAAAGAGCUGUCAAAGGACACCAGAAACAUAAUUGUAGACCUGCACCAGGCUGGGAAGACUGAAUCUGCAAUAGGUAAGCAGCUUGGUUUGAAGAAAUCAACUGUGGGAGCAAUUAUUAGGAAAUGGAAGACAUACAAGACCACUGAUAAUCUCCCUCGAUCUGGGGCUCCACGCAAGAUCUCACCCCGUGGGGUCAAAAUGAUCACAAGAAUGGUGAGCAAAAAUCCAAGAACCACACGGGGGGACCUAGUGAAUGACCUGCAGAGAGCUGGGACCAAAGUAACAAAGCCUACCAUCAGUAACACACUACGCCGCCAGGGACUCAAAUCCUGCAGUGCCAGACGUGUCCCCCUGCUUAAGCCAGUACAUGUCCAGGCCCGUCUGAAGUUUGCUAGAGUGCAUUUGGAUGAUCCAGAAGAGGAUUGGGAGAAUGUCAUAUGGUCAGAUGAAACCAAAAUAGAACUUUUUGGUAAAAACUCAACUCGUCGUGUUUGGAGGACAAAGAAUGCUGAGUUGCAUCCAAAGAACACCAUACCUACUGUGAAGCAUGGGGGUGGGAAAUCAUGCUUUGGGGCUGUUUUUCUGCAAAGGGACCAGGACGACUGAUCCGUGUAAAGGAAAGAAUGAAUGGGGCCAUGUAUCGUGAGAUUUUGAGUGAAAACCUCCUUCCAUCAGCAAGGGCAUUGAAGAUGAAACGUGGCUGGGUCUUUCAGCAUGACAAUGAUCCCAAACACACCGCCCGGCCAACGAAGGAGUGGCUUCGUAAGAAGCAUUUCAAGGUCCUGGAGUGGCCUAGCCAGUCUCCAGAUCUCAACCCCAUAGAAAAUCUUUGGAGGGAGUUGAAAGUCUGUGUUGCCCAGCGACAGCCCCAAAACAUCACUGCUCUAGAGGAGAUCUGCAUGGAGGAAUGGGCCAAAAUACCAGCAACAGUGUGUGAAAACCUUGUGAAGACUUACAGAAAACGUUUGACCUGUGUCAUUGCCAACAAAGGGUAUACAACAAAGUAUUGAGAAACUUUUGUUAUUGACCAAAUACUUAUUUUCCACCAUAAUUUGCAAAUAAAUUCAUUAAAAAUCCUACAAUGUGAUUUUCUGGAUUUUUUUUCUCAUUUUGUCUGUCAUAGUUGUCGUGUACCUAUGAUGGAAAUUACAGGCCUCUCUCAUCUUUUUAAGUGGGAGAACUUGCACAAUUGGUGGCUGACUAAACACUUUUUUCCCCCACUGUAUGUCUCUAUGCAUGGGAAUACGUUUGAACAGAUUUCCAAAAUUCUUAUCACUUCGAGCUGAUUUGCUGGUGUUUUUACACUCUUAUGUCCAACAAGAAAGAAAACUUUUUUUUUUGCUCAGAAAACUAAUAAAAUGUGGCCCGCGAGCCGCCAGUUGGGGAACCCUGCUGUAUCGUCUUUGACGUGGCCGCAUCACCUAGAAAUGACUAGUUCCUGCAAAGAUGUUGGGAAAUGCAAGAGGUCUGGCAGCUAAAAUGGUGAGGAAACUCCUCACUCUGUGCAAAACUUGGAUUUAAUGUCUUUCUGAGUUUUUACUUGAUUUUGUAGAACCAACUGCAACUGGUCACCGAAUCGGGAAUGAAGAAAGUAUCAGCAAUAACAGUUGAAAAAUUCCUUGCAAGGCUAUUCAUUAACGAACCUCUAACACAGGGGUGUCAAUCCUGUCCCACGGAGGGCCGAGUGUCUGCGGGUUUUUGGUUUUUCCUUUCAAUUAAGACCGACAACGGGCUUUCAACCUUGGCGUUGGCGCUGCUGCUUGUGUAAAAUUGUGCCCUUGAAAGAUGACAUUUGUGUAAGAACUACUGUUAACCCGAUGGACUGUCUUUCAGCAGCAUUUAAGUCUAUUUUGAUAGUAAACUAUUGUCAGGACUACAGUAUGUCCCAGCGUUGCUUGUGUUUUGGGUCCUGACCCAUGCAUAUAAUAAACACUGACUCUCUGAUCAUAUAAGCCGGGGGGGGGAUUGGUGUUCUAGCAUGAAAGUAAUUAAAGUCACACAUUUCCUAAUCCAGAAGGAAAUUAUUGUGUGUAGGAAAGUCAAGUAACCACUGCACAGUGAAACUUGCCCUAAUGACGAUGAUAUUAACAAAUCUUUUUUUGGUCUUUAUUCAGGGGACGGCAUAGUGCCAAAGGUACUUCGGCAGCAGUAAGUUAUGAUUACAUUUUUCUAUCCCAUUAUUUGAAUUGGGCAGGUGAAGUUGGCAGAUAUUGUUCGAUUUCACAUUCUAGGCUAUCAUCUUAUUUACUAUUGGUUUCUUUCUUUGAGAGAAAAAAAAACAGCACACUGGUACACAGUUGCUUGGUUUGUCACAGGCUUCUUUGUCCACAAUAAGUGCAGACUUUUUCUUUGGCGUUAUUUUGUCCUGGGCUCUCAGGUUUGAAUUGCAUGAUCAAUCUUUUUUUGUCUUUCAGGUUGUCUUCAAUGGUGUAUAUGCAAACAUGAGGAUGGUCCAUGUCUUGACAUCGGUAGUGGUAUGUUCCCUCCUGUUCUUAUUAUUCUUAGCUACCCCCAUCACUUUAUGCAUGAUCAAGGCUGGCAAAACCAAACUAAUUGAGGAUGCAAAGCCUACCUCUACAUAGACAGAGGUAGCUACCUCUCCAUAGACAGAGGAAGCAGAGCAAGCUACAGUGCCUUCGGAAAGAAUUCAGACCCCUUGACUUUUUCAACAUUUUGUUAAAUUACAGCCUUAUUCUAAACUGGAUUAAAUAAAAACAACAUACAAUACCCCAUAAUGACAAAGCGAGAACAGGUUUUUAGAAAUGUGUGCUAAUUUAUUAAACAUAAACAACAGAAAUACCUUAUUUACAUAAGUAUUCAGACCCUUUGCUAUGAGACUCGAAAUUGAGCUCAGGUGCAUCCUGUUUCCAUUGAUCAUCCUUGAGAUGUUUCUACAACUUGAUUGGAGUCCAACUGUGGUAAAUUGAUUUGGAAAGCCACACACCUGUCUAUAUAAGGUCCCACAGUUGACAGUGCAUGCCAGAACAAAAACCAAGCCAUGAGGUCAAAGGAAUUGUCAGUAGAGCUCCGAGACAGGAUUAUGUCGAGGCACAGAUCUAGGGAAGCAGCAUUGAAGAUCCCCAAGAACACACCCACACGCACAAACACAAUACAUAGCUCAUUAAUCCGCCUUUCAAAUCCACGGCCUCUCUGUUGCAUCUACCUCUCCCCUCUCUCCAUUGUCCUCUCCUCACAUCCAUAGCCAGGCAAUGAAUGAGGAAACAGCCGCUACCUGUAAAUAAACAGUGGCCUCAUCAUACUUAAAUGGAGGACGUUUGGAAUCACCAAGACUCUUCCUAGAGCUGACCGCCCGGCCAAACUGAGCAAUCGGGGGAGAAGGGCCUUAAUCAGCGAGGUGACCAAGAACCCGAUGGUCACUCUGACAGAGCUCUAGAGUUCCUCUGUGGAGAUGGUAGAACCUUCCAGAAGGACCACUAGCUUUGCAGCACUCCACCAAUCAGGCCUUUAUGAUAGAGUGGCCAGACGGAGGCCACUCCUCAGUAAAAGGCAAAUGACAGCCUGCUUGGAGUUUGCCAAAAGGCACCUGAAGACUCUCAGACCAUGAGAAACAAGAAUUUCUGGUCUGAUGAAACCAAGAUUGAACUCUUUGGCCUGAACGCCAAGCGGCACAUCUGGAGGAAACCUUGCACCAUCCCUAAGGUGAAGCAUGGUGGUGGCAGAAUCAUGCUGUGGGGAUGUUUUUCAGCAGCAGGGACUGGGAGACUAGGCAGGAUUGAGGGAAAGAUGAACGGAGCAAAGAGAUCCUUGAUGAAAACCUGCUCCAGAGCGCUCAGGACCUCAGACUGGGGUGAAGGUUCACCUUCCAACAGGACAAUGACCGUAAGCACACAGCCAAGACAACGCAGGAUUGGCUUCGGGAGAAGUCUCUGAAUGUCCUUGAGUGGGCCAGCGAGAGCCCGGACUUGAACCCGAUCAAACAUCUCUGGAGAGACCUGAAAAUAGCUGUGCAACAACGCUCCCCAUCCAACCUGACAGAGCUUGAGAGGAUCCGCAGAGAAGAAUAGGAGAAACUCCCCAAAUACAGGUGUGCCAAGCUUGUUGUGUCAUACCCAGGAAAACUUGAGGCUGUAAUCACUGCCAGAGGUGCUUCAAAGUACUGAGUACUUAUGUGAUAUUUCCGUUUUUUUUUUUUAAAAUAAAAAUAAUGGGUAUUGUGUGUAGAUUGAUGAGGGGAAACAAACUAUAUAAUCCAUUUUAGAAUAAGGCUGUAACAUAACAGAAAGUCAAGGGGUCUGAAUACUUUCCGAAGGCACUGUAUAUAUGGGAGUUGUCCCCACUCCUCAUAGCAGGGGAAAUACUGGACAUAGUUUUAGUUAAUGGUCACUGGAAUCCUGAUGACAGCAUGCUACAAGAGCUGUGAAGUCUUUGAAGCAGUAACAUUGAGUCAAGAUUUUAUUGUAUUGAAUAUCAAGCAAGCAAUAGUGACAUGUACCACAUGUUGUUUAUUCACAAAACCUGCACUUAUGAUAAUUAGGCCGUGUGUGGUUGACAGAUUUGGUUGACCAUUUGAAUGAACAGAGGCAUCUGUUUUUAGGAGUGAAGCUACAAUUAAUAAAUUAUUCAGCGUUUUAACUGCAUGUUUUUCUAAACUCAUUGUUUAAAGAGAUGCUCCGGUACUUUUGUAUACUUUUCAGUCAGUAGUUCUGAAAGUAGCACUCAUGAGCCAAAAGUGGCAGAUAUGUGCACCAUGUCAUUGCUCUCUUUCUCACUCUGCUGUGUGUGUAUCUUGCUAGCUGUCACUCAAAUGGUGUGGGGCUGAAGCUCAUUGGCUGGAAUUCAAAUUGCUAGGGAGGUGGCCCACGUGGUGGAAAAUGCAGGGAAAAGGCUGCUGCACAGCUUCCAGUAAACAGUCGCUUUCAAACUAGGGAUUUUGUGGCAAAUUGAUGUAAAACUGUAAUUCGGUGAACUAGGGCUGGGCAAUAUGGCCAAAAUAUCAUAUUAUGAUAUUGUUCCCAUUUUGGAAUAUAUUUGACGGUAUUUGGUGUUUUUUAAAUUAUAGAGGUUUUAAAUAUGCUUUAAGUACUGCAUGACCCUAGGAUGGCAACCAAUGAUGUAUAUAAACCCUGGAUUGUUAAUGCUAUGUAUUUGCCAAUGAGAGGCUUUGAAGCCACCGGUCGGCCAUAUUGGCACUCCUCAGAAAAGCAAUAAAUGGAAUUCUACAGUAUUUCAAGGACAAAAUUACAUGUUUAAGUAUUUCUUUGUGGUAGUGGUGACCGUAACUUUAGUACUUUCUAAAACAUUAUACUUUAAGGAAAAUUAAAGUAUGGGGCGGCAGGUAGCUUAGUGGUUAAGAGCACUGUGCCAGUAACCGAAAGGUCACUGGUUCUAAUCCCCGAGCCGACUAGGUUAAAAAUCUGUCGAUGUGCCCUUGAGCAAGGCACUUAACCCUAAUUGCUCUUGUAAGUCGCUCUGGAUAAGAGCGUCUGCUAAAUUACUUAAAUGUAAAUGAAAAUGUAUUUAUAUAUUUUUUAUGUUUAGCUCGAAUAAUAUAAUUUAAAAGUAUGCUUUAAUGUGUCUGUAAUAGAAUAAACAUGGAAAAACAAAUGUGGACAUUAGUAAAUGCAUUUCUAUAGCUUCCAAAAUAAUUUUUGCUAUGGUGGGGGAGUGCCAAUGGAGGCACGGUGGCUUCAAAACAGUGCCCCCUUUCAGUCAUCUGGUGUAUAUAUAAAUCAUUGGUGGCAACACAUACAUUCAAAGGGGUUUUUAAUGGGGCUUUGUCCAUUCUAAUUGUUUUAUACUGUUCAUUGAAACUUCAACCAAAAGUUAGAAUAUAGUGGGCACUUUGAAAUUAGUGUUGUUUGACAUGACAACAAAUGAAAAAGCCAGGGAGAGGAUAUUUAAAUUUUUUAUUUUUAAAAUUUUUUUAUUUCACCUUUAUUUUACCAGGUAAACCAGUUGAGAACAAGUUCUCAUUUACAACUGAGACCUGGCCAAGAUAAAGCAAAGCAGUGCGAUAAAAACAACAACACAGAGUUACAUAUGGGGUAAAACAAAACAAAGUCAAAAAUACAACAGAAAUACAUAUAAUAUACAGUGUGUGCAAAUUUAGCAAGUUAUGGAGGUAAGGCAAUAAAAUAGGCUAUAGUGCAAAAUAAUUACAAUUAGUAUUAACACUGGAAUGAUAGAUGUGCAAGAGAUGAUGUGCAAAUAGAGAUACUGGGGUACAAAUGAGCAAAAUAAAUAACAAUAUAGGGAUGAGGUAGUUGGGCGGGCUAAUUUCAGAUGGGCUGUGUACAGGUGCAGUGAUCGGUAAGGUGCUCUGACAACUGAUGCUUAAAGUUAGUGAGGGAGAUAAGAGUCUCCAGCUUCAGAGAUUUUUGCAAUUUGUUCCAGUCAUUGGCAGCAGAGAACUGGAAGGAAUUGCGGCCAAAGGAGGUGUUGGCUUUGGGGAUGACCAGUGAGAUAUACCCGCUGGAGCGCAGACUACGGGUGGGUGUUGCUAUGGUGACCAAUGAGCUAAGAUAAGGCGGGGAUUUGCCUAGCAGUGAUUUAUAGAUGGCCUGGAGCCAGUGGGUUUGGCGACGAAUAUGUAGUGAGGACCAGCCAACAAGAGCGUACAGGUCACAGUGGUGGGUAUUAUAUGGGGCUUUGGAGACAAAACGGAUGGCACUGUGAUAGACUACAUCCAAUUUGCUGAGUAGAGUGUUGGAGGCUAUUUUGUAAAUGACAUCGCCGAAGUCAAGGAUCGGUAGGAUAGUCAGUUUUACGAGGGCAUGUUUCGCAGCAUGAGUGAAGGAGGCUUUGUUGCGAAAUAGGAAACCGAUUCUAGAUUUAACUUUGGAUUGGAGAUUCUUAAUGUGAGUCUGGAAGGAGAGUUUACAGUCUAACCAGACACCUAGAUAUUUGUAGUUGUCCACAUACUCUAGGUCAGACCCGUCGAGAGUAGUGAUUCUAGUCGGGUGGGCGGGUGCAAGCAGCGUUCGGUUGAAGAGCAUGCAUUUAGUUUUACUAGUGUUCAAGAGCAGUUGGAGUCUACUGAAGGAGUGUUGUAUGGAAUUGAAGCUCGUUUGGAGGUUUGUUAACACAGUGUCCAAUGAAGGGCCAGAUGUAUACAAAAUGGUGUCGUCUGCGUAGAGGUGGAUCUGAGAGUCACCAGCAGCAAGAGCGACGUCAUUGAUAUACACAGAGAAAAGAGUCGGCCCAAGAAUUGAACCCUGUGGCACCCCCAUAGAGACUGCCAUAGGUCCAGACAACAGGCCCUCCGAUUUGACACAUUGAACUCUAUCUGAGAAGUAGUUGGUGAACCAGGCGAGGCAGUCAUUUGAGAAACCAAGGCUAUUUAGUCUGCCAAUAAGAAUGCGGUGGUUGACAGAGUCAAAAGCCUUGGCCAGGUCAAUGAAAACGGCUGCACAGUACUGUCUAUUAUCGAUUGCGGUUAUAAUAUCGUUUAGGACCUUGAGCGUGGCUGAAGUGCACCCAUGACCAGCUCGGAAACCGGAUUGCAUAGCGGAGAAGGUACGGUGGGAUUCGAAAUGGUCGGUGAUCUGUUUGUUGACUUGGCUUUCAAAAACUUUUGAAAGGCAGGGCAGGAUGGAUAUGGGUCUGUAACAGUUUGGAUAGAUCCAAAAACUCUAGAGAGUGUCACCCCCUUUGAAGAGGGGGAUGACCGCGGCAGCUUUCCAAUCUCUGGGGAUCUCAGACGUUACGAAAGAGAGGUUAAACAGGCUAGUAAUAGGGGUUGCGACAAUUUCGGCGGCUAGUUUUAGAAAGAAAGGGUCCAGAUUGUCUAGCCCAGAUGAUUUGUAGGGGUCCAGAUUUUGCAGCUCUUUUAGAACAUCAGCUGUCUGGAUUUGUGUGAAGGAGAAGCGGGGGGGGGCAUGGGCAAGUUGCAGCGGAGGGUGCAGAGCUGGUGGCCGGGGUAGUGGUAGCCAGGUGGAAAGCAUGGCCAGCCGUAGCAAAAUGCUUGUUGAAAUUCUCGAUUAUUGUAGAUUUAUCGGUGGUGAUAGUGUUUCCUAGCCUCAGUGCAGUGGGCAGCUGGGAGGAAGUGCUCUUAUUUUCCAUGGACUUUACAGUGUCCCAAAACUUUUUGGAGUUAGUGCUACAGGAUGCAAAUUUCUGUUUGAAAAAGUUAGCCUUUGCUUUCCUAACUGCUUGUGUAUAUUGGUUCCUAACUUCCCUGAAAAGUUGCAUAUCGCGGGGGCUAUUUGAUGCUAAUGCAGUAUGCCACAGGAUGUUUUUGUGCUGGUCAAGGGCAGUCAAGUCUGAGGAGAACCAGGGGCUAAAUCUGUUCUUAGUUCUGUAUUUUUUGAAUGGGGCAUGUCUAUUUAAGAUUGAGAGGAAAUUACUUUUAAAGAACAACCAGGCAUCCUCUACUGACGGAAUGAGAUCUAUAUCCAUCCAGGAUACCUGGGCCAGGUCAAUUAGGAAGGCCUGCUCGCUGAAGUGGGAGCGUUUGACAGUGAUGAGGGGUGGUCGUUUGACCGCGGACCCGUUACGGACGCAGGCAAUAAGGCAGUGAUCGCUGAGAUCCUGGUUGAAGACAGCGGAGGUGUAUUUAGAGGGUAAGUUAGUCAGGAUGAUAUCUAUGAGGGUACCCAUGUUUACGGAUUUAGGGUUGUACCUGGUAGGUUCGUUGAUAAUUUGUGUGAGAUUGAGGGCAUCUAGUUUAGAUUGUAGGAUGGCCGGGGUGUUAAGCAUAUCCCAAUUUAGGUCACCAAGCAGUACGAACUCUGAGGAUAGAUGGGGGGCAAUCAAUUCACAUAUGGUGUCCAGGGCACAGCUGGGGGCUGAGGGGGGUCUGUAGCAAGCGGCAACAGUGAGAGAUUUAUUUCUGGAAAGGUGGAUUUUUAGAAGUAGAAGCUCAAACUGUUUGGGCACAGACCUGGAUAGUAUGAUGGAGCUCUGCAGGCUAUCUCUACAGUAGAUUGCAACUCCACCCCCUUUGGCAGUUCUAUCUAGACGGAAAAUGUUAUAGUUGGGGAUGGAAAUUUCAGAAUUUUUGGUGGCCUUCCUAAGCCAGGAUUCAGACACUGCUAGAACAUCAGGGUUGGCGGAGUGUGCUAACGCAGUGAAUAACUCAAACUUAGGAAGGAGGCUUCUGAUAUUUAUGUGCAGAAAACCAAGACUUUUACGGUUACAGAAGUCAACAAAUGAUAGCUCCUGGGGAGUAGGAGUGAUACUGGGGGCUGCAGGGCCUGGGUUAGCCUCUACAUCACCAGAGGAACAGAGGAGGACUAGAAUAAGGAUACGACUAAAGGCUUUAAGAACUAGUCUUCUAGUGCGUUGGGUACAUAGAAUAAAGGGGGCAGUUCUCCUGGCGUUGUAGAAAAGAUUCAGGGCAUUAUGUACAGAAAAGGAUAUGGAAGGAUAUGAGUACAGUUCAGGUAACCCUAAGCGUUGGGUAACAAUGAAAGAGAUAGCGUCAUUGGAGGCAUCGAUUGAGCCGGUCUCGGCGUGUAUGGGGGGUGGAACAAAGGAACUAUAUUAGGCAGUUUGAGAGGGACUAGGGGUUCUACAGUAAAAUUGUAUAAUAAGAACUAACCCAAACAGCAAUAGGCAAGGCAUAAUUGACAUGUUAGAGAGGCAUAAAGCAGUCACGGGUGUUAUUAGAGAGAGCUAAGACACAACUGGAAAUAGCGAUAACGUUUGGGCUAAGACUAAACAGAAUAAACAGGACAGGGUACCGUGUAAAGGAACAGUCCAGCAGGCAUCAGCUGUGCAGCUGAGUGAUCAUAAGGUCCAGUGAACAGCAAUAUGUGAGUCCGAGAGCAGUUCAAAUUGUUGCUUCAGCACAGCUAGCAGGGAGCACAGUUGUAGUUUGCGUGUGCUAGCGGGCCGGGCUGGCAGAUGGAUCUUCGUGGUCGUCGCAACGGGAAGCCUGUUGAAAUCACAUCAGACUAUUUCGUCGGCAAACCAGUCGUGUUGGAUCGGCGGGGCUCAGUGUCAACACUAGGAGGUCCCGUCCGGUUGAACAGAGAGGUAGAUAGCCGGGAGAUGGGCCUGAGGCUAGCUCAGGGCUAACUGGUGCUUGCUAUAGGGCAAUGGUAAUCAGCCAACAACAGGUUGCAGCUAGCUAGCUGGUUGUGAUGAUCCGGCGCUAGGGUCCUGUGAUUCCGGCAGAAAGUCCAAUAAGCUCUGGGUCGAUAGCACGCUGGGUCGAUAGCACGCUGUGCAGACUGGCCGACGAAUUGUCCAGGCUAGAGCUAGAGCUGGCUGGUGGAUAGUGUAGGCCACGGACAGUGGUGAAGACGCUAACGGUGACUAAUAACAGGUAGCCAUUCAGAUUGCGGCUACACUCGUUUCAGCUUACGGUUCUUGAUGAAAGUUAUAAAGAAAUAAUAGAAUCCUUUCCACGUUGGGUGAGGCGGGUUGCAGGAAAGUAUAUUUAGUUAAAGAAUGAAAGUAAAAAUUGAGAAAUAUAUACAAAAUAGACAAAAAAAAACAAGAAACGGGAUAUUUACACAGGACGAUGAAAUAAAAGCGACCGCACUGCUACGCCAUCUUGUUUUAUUUUGUGACAGGGUAGGAACCAAAGUGUUGGUCAGUGUUUCCCAGUGGACCCUAAUUAAUGUUACAUUAAAUGUUUUAUCUUAUUGUAGCUAAAAUGUUAGUGCUUCGCCUAUUCCUCUCUGAUUUAGAAUGUACCGUUGCACAAACAACUGAUCAAGGCAUACACCAGCACUGGUAUCGGGAUGUAUUAGCUAGCUAGCUACGUUUGCUCUGACUAAGUACAUUUAGCUAGCUAGCCAGCUAACUAGCGAUUAGCAUUAGUGGCUAACAAUAUUUAUUUUAGCCUCAACUUGCUAAGAAAAGACAAACUAGCCGUUUCCAGACAGUAACAUACACAAACUAAUAUUGUGCUUAUAGAACUCUUGUGGAUUUAUAUUAAGACGCAAAGUGGAAAGCAGCAUCGUUGUCACCAACAUCUGCAGCAUUGCAUCUGCUCUGCAUCAUUGACCAUGCAGACUGUCACUGUGAGUGGUUGUUGUGACUCGGGAUGGUAGCAAAGAUGGCGGAUAAAUGAAGAUAAUUCACUCAGGUCAUUUACCAUUGAGAACAAAAGGUCAGUUCCAGUCUACUUAACGGGGUGGGUCUCCCUUAGACACCUAUGCAAUAGCAGCAGGGUCUACUUAGUUAAUUUGACUUUCAUUGAAACAGAAAAAAACAGCGAGUUUCUCUUCUGUCUCUGGUGGUAGCACAACAAACUGCUCUCCUUGAGUGACAGGGGGCAGGGCUUGGUGUUUGGAAGGAGAGAGGGAGAAGCAAACAGAGUAAACUAUAAGAACUGACAUUAUUGCACGGGGCGGAGUGGCAUAAGACAUUUAACAAACCAAACAUUGAAAUACCGUUAUACAAGGUAAAGUAAAAACCCAAACCAGCCCGUGCAUCAAUACCGGUAUAUAGUAAAAUACGGUAUACCGCCCAGCCCUAGUAUGAACUACACAUUGACACAUCCAGCCCAAAGCGGGAGGUUUAAAAAAUACUUACUUGUCACCAAAGUUAUGGCGCAUGUCUUUAAAUGUGUUGUUCAGACUGCCAAUGGAGUUACUUCCUAGCAGCAGUGCAAGGGUCAUAGUUGAUUUAAACAAAACAGUACAACUCAUGUGUAUGAAAAUAACAUGUUUUUCUCAUUUGCAGGGAUCCAAAUGCGAACUGAAGGUUAAAAAUGGAUUGGUUUAUGACGGAGUGUUUAAAACAUAUGGCCCAGAGGUAAGGAGGAGGAUCACAUAAAACAAUGGCAACUCUUCAACAUUCACCACAGUGGAAUACAUACAGCUCGGUCCUUUUUCCUAUUAGGUGACAAGUCAGUAAAUUGUUGUGGCUGGAGCAGUGUUCUAUAACCUGAGGCCCAGCAUAUUUAAUCUUUCUUGGUAAUAAAAAAUAAGGGUUACACAAAAAACAGUGGGCCUUAAGCCCUAUUUGGAUGGGAUACGUUUUACUGGGGGAACGCAGGUAAUGUAAUUAUGUGCACGAGGACAAAUCACCACAUUCGUAAUUUUUGUUCCGUCCGAAUCUGCUAUGUCAGUAAUUUUUGCUUGGCAGGAAGGUUAUUAUCCCAGCCCUAAAAACCUACACUGAUAAAACGUACAGUAUCCUGUGCGAAUCCUCAUCCCUGUGUUUUGAGGGAUAUUACAGAGUUUAACAAGUGCUGCACCCAGUUUGGGUAAGAACAUGGUAAUACAUUGAUGCUUAAAACAAAGUGCUAUGCACGUAGCCUACAGAUGAAUGACCUGUUUUGUCAUACAGUGAGGGAAAAAAGUAUUUGAUCCCCUGCUGAUUUUGUACGUUUUCCCACUGACAAAGAAAUGAUCAGUCUAUAAUUUUAAUGGUAGGUUUAUUUGAACAGUGAGAGACAGAAUAACAACAAAAAAAUCCAGAAGAACGCAAAAACUUUAUAAAUUGAUUUGCAUUUUAAUGAGGGAAAUAAGUAUUUGACCCCCUCUCAAUCAGAAAGAUUUCUGGCUCCCAUGUGUCAUUUAUACAGGUAACGAGCUGAGAUUAGGAGCACACUCUUAAAGGGAGUGCUCCUAAUCUCAGUUUGUUACCUGUAUGAAAGACACCUGUCCACGGAAGCAAUCAAUCAAUCAGAUUCCAAACUCUCCACCAUGGCCAAGACCAAAGAGCUCUCCAAGGAUGUCAGGGACAAGAUUGUAGACCUACACAAGGCUGGAAUGGGCUACAAGACCAUCGCCAAGCAGCUUGGUGAGAAGGUGACAACAGUUGGUGAAAUUAUUCGCAAAUGGAAGAAACACAAAAUAACUGUCAAUCUCCCUCGGCCUGGGGCUCCAUGCAAGAUCUCACCUCGUGGAGUUGCAAUGAUCAUGAGAACGGUGAGGAAUCAGCCCAGAACUACAUGGGAGGAUCUUGUCAAUGAUCUCAAGGCAGCUAGGACCAUAGUCACCAAGAAAACAAUUGGUAACACACUACGCCUUGAAGGACUGAAAUCCUGCAGCGCCCAAAAGGUCCCCCUGCUCAAGAAAGCACAUAUACAUGCCCGUCUGAAGUUUGCCAAUGAACAUCUGAAUGAUUCAGAGGAGAACUGGGUGAAAGUGUUGUGGUCAGAUGAGACCAAAAUGGAGCUCUUUGGCAUCAACUCAACUCGCUGUGUUUGGAGGAGGAGGAAUGCUGCCUAUGACCCCAAGAACACCAUCCCCACCGUCAAACAUGGAGGUGGAAACUUUAUGCUUUGGGGGUGUUUUUCUUCUAAGGGGACAGGACAACUACACUGCAUCAAAGGGACGAUGGACAGGGCCAUGUACCGUCAAAUCUUGGGUGAGAACCUCCUUCCCUCAGCCAGGGCAUUGAAAAUGGGUCAUAGAUGGGUAUUCCAGCAUGACAAUGACCCAAAACACACGGCCCAAGGCAACAAAGGAGUGGCUCAAGAAAAAGCACAUUAAGGUCCUGGAGUGGCCUAGCCAGUCUUCAGACCUUAAUCCCAUAGAAAAUCUGUGGAGGGAGCUGAAGGUUCGAGUUGCCAAACGUCAGCCUCAAAACCUUAAUGACUUGGAGAAGAUCUGCAAAGAGGAGUGGGACAAAAUCCAUCCUGAGGUGUGUGCAAACCUGGUGGCCAACUACAAGAAACGUCUGACCUCUGUGAUUGCCAACAAAGGUUUUGCCACCAAGUGCUAAGUCAUGUUUUGCAGAGGGGUCAAAUACUUAUUUCCCUCAUUAAAAUGCAAAUCAAUUGAUAACAUUUUUUACAUGCGUUUUUCUGGAUUCUUUUGUUGUUAUUCUGUCUCUCACUGUUCAAAUAAACCUACCAUUAAAAUUAUAGACUGAUAAUUUCUUUGUCAGUGGGCAAACGUACAAAAUCAGCAGGGGAUCAAAUACUUUUUUCCCUCACUGUAUAUCAACUUUCAUAGUGCCAUACUCUUCUUUUAAAAGAUAAAGUGGACAAUAUUGUGCCAAUUAAUUGAUAAAUUGCCAAAUAAUUCAGGUAAUUAAAUGUCUGCAUAGGUUACAGUUCAUGGUUCUUAUUGAAAUACAUUAUUAUUUAGACAUUGGGCCUAUAUUUGAAAUAUCUUCACGCCUAGAAGAGCCUCCAGGCUUCUGUCAUAACGGUCAAUUGUUAAUGAGGGGAAAAAAAGAAUUACAGGGGCGGUUUUGUAAAAACAAAUCCUGUCCGAAUCGUCCACUGGAAAAACUGACAUGCUGGGGUAAUUAUUACAUAACCGACGUUCUAUAGGAAUACUAGUCCCGUGUGAAUAGGGCUUUAGCCUAAAUUCAACUUUAGGUUCAAGUUGAACAGCCUUGUCGUCCAUUCAUUUAGGGUAAAUGCAUUGCAUGGCUCAGUUACUGACAGUGUUCAUAAUCUCACGUCAAGCACAUAAAACCAAAAUAAAUGUAAAACAUAACCAUGUAUUCCCUCCAGGAAGUAGGAGAACGUAAGAGUUUACAACCAUAAGUGAUUCAGCUCUCUCACCACUACACCAUUCUUUGUCCACCCAGUGUGACCUGGUCCUGGAUGCAGCCCACAGGAAGAUCCCUAAGCCCAGCGUGGGCCCGCGACAGGAAGACAUCAUGGAGAGCAUCAUCUUCAAGGCUUCUGACGUGGUGGUGGUGCACUUCAGAGACGUGGACCUCAAUUUUGCAAGUAAAAGUAAGGCCUACUGUCAAUACCUAUACACUUGUCACUGUCCCCUAAAAGACUGUCCCCAAAAGUUGACUGGAUGCACAAAUAAAUGCUUAUUUAUUGGCCAUCCCUCCUAUGUGAAAUGUUGUCGGGUCCGAGAAGUAGAGCUUAGAGCCGGAUCAUGUGUGGCUGAGUGCUCUGUGGUCAGUCAUUGAGGAAUAAUCUGAAAUAUUGAUUGCUCUGAAUGUCUCGCAGGCACUGCAGGGGAUCUCAAUAAGGCUGAAUGAAUCCCAUACAUCUACAGUGCAUUCGGAAAGGAUUCAGACCCCUUCACUUUUUCCACAUUUUGUUACGUUACAGCCUUAUUCUAAAAUUGAUUAAGUUGUUUUUUCCCCUCAUCAAUCUACACACAAUACCACAUGAUGACAAAGCAAAAACAGGUUUUUGGAUUUUGAAAAAACUGAAAUAUCACAUUUACAUAAGUAAUUCAGACCCUUUACUCAGUACUUUGUUGAAGCACCUUUGGCAGCGAUUACAGCCUCGAGUCUUCUUGGGUAUGACGCUACAAGCUUGGCACACCUGUAUUUGGGGAGGUUCUCCCAUUCUUCUCUGCAGAUCCUCUCAAGCUCUGUCAGGUUGGAUGGGGAGCGUCGCUGCACAGCUAUUUUCAGGUCUCUCCAGAGAUGUUCGAUCGGGUUCAAGUCCGGGCUCUGGCUGGGCCACUCAUGGACAUUCAGAGACUUGUCCAGAAGCCACUCCUGUGUUGUCUUGACUGUGUGCUUAGGGUUGUUGUGCUGUUGGAAGGUGAACAUUUUCCCCCAGUCUGAGGUCCUGAGCACUCUGGAGCAGGUUUUCAUCAAGGAUCUCUCUGUACUUUGCUCCGUUCAUCUUUUCCUCGAUCCUGACUAGUCUCCCAGUCCAUGCCGCUGAAAAACAUCCCCACAGCAUGAUGCUGCCACCACGCUUCACCGUAGGGAUCGUGCCAGGCUUCCUCCAGACGUGACGCUUGGAAUUCAGGCCAAAGAGUUCAAUCUUGGUUUCAUCAGACCAGAUAAUCUUGUUUCUCAUGGUCUGAGAGUCCUUUAGGUGCCUUUUGGCAAACUCCAAGCGGGCUGUCAUGUGCCUUUUUACUGAGGAGUGGCAUCUGUCUGGCCACUACUAUAAAGGCCUGAUUGGUGGAAUGCUGCAGAGAUGGUUGUCCUUCUGGAAGGUUCUCCCAUCUCCACAGAGGAACUUUGGAGCUCUGUCAGAGUGACCAUCAGGUUCUUUACGGCCGGCCAGCUCUAUGAAGAGUCUUGGUGGUUCCAAACUUCUUCCAUGUAAGAAUGAUGGAGGCCACUGUGUUCUUGGGUACCUUCAAUGCUGCAGAAAUGUUUUGGUACCCUUCCCCAGAUCUGUGCCUCGACACAAUCCUGUCUCGGAGCUCUACGGACAAUUCCUUCGACAUCAUGGCUUGGUUUUUGCUCUGACAUGCGCUGUCAACUGUGGGACCUUAUAUAGACAGGUGUGUGCCUUUCCAAAUCAUGUCCAAUCAAUUGAAUUUACCACAGGUGGACUCUAAUCAAGUUGUAGAAACAUCUCAAGGAUGAUUAAUGGAAACCGGAUGCACCUGAGCUCAAUUUCAAGUCUCAUAGCAAAGGGUCUGAAUACUUAUGUAAAUAAGGUAUUUUUUUUUUUUUUAGCAAAAAGGUAUAAAAACCUGUUCACUUUGUCAUUAUGUGGUAUUGUGUGUAGAUUGAUGAGGAUUUUGUAUUUAUUUAAUCAAUUUUAGAAUAAGGCUAAAAUGUAACAAAGUGGAAAAAGUGAAGGUGUCUGAAUACUUUCCAAAUGCACUGUAAACCACCUCUAAACCUGUCAUGACCCAUACACCCCACAGUGAACUAUGAUAGACUCUUUCUGGGAGUUAGCAUCUUGGAUCAGUGUUCUUGUUGUAGCCAACCCAGUUUCUAGCUGACAAACGGCAAAGGUCACAUGUUAAGGCUUGCACACGUCUGCCGAUCGUUUUAAGGGCCACCCGCUGUAGACGUCUGACUGCUGUAAUUUUCACACAAUUCUACAUGUAAUAUCGGUGCACACUCGGUUCGCAAAUUACGUUCAGUGGCGCUAAGUACUCUUGGCCAGUAAACACUAUUGCCGUGUCUGAGCCUUUAAAUGCAUACAAUAUUUCCAAAUCGUGAUGGCCAUGUGCCAUAUUGAACAGGUAACCCAUAACCUCAUCAGUAACCCAUUUGGUUUGAAGAGGAAAGAAACAUAGCUAAGUGGUUGGAAUGGAAACCUCAAUAUAGAGUGGUGCUUCAGGAAAAAGGUGGGGAAACCCAAUAGGCUAGGUUUAGGCUACCCGUCUUCUCUCCACUGACCCUCUCUUCCAUGUCUCUCUCCUCAAAUGGGUGUAGUCUCUACUGACACAGGUAAUAUGUCUGUUUUCUGCUCUUGCACUUUUGUUUGUUGACGCGUACACAUUUUCAUUUUGAAAGGGACUGAACUGUAAUAUCUCAAAGGCUUUGAGGAAAUGCAACCUCAGCUAAUGGGCAAUCCUCAUAUUUGACUUUCAUCAGACUGUAUUUCAAUGGAGGACCCACCUGUACCCCCACCCAAAUCUUGUUAUUCUCUUAAGAGCUUUAUUCUCAAAGUAAAGCCGGAGGGGUGAUUUCAGAAAAACUAAGUGUGAUUUGGACGAAUCUAUUGAAUAAAUGCAACUGAAACACAUCAAAGUAUUUACACAGGUGUACAACGCAAAGAUUUGUGUUGAUUUGUGCUGAAAUAUGGCACAUUUAAUUCUCUCUUCUGAUCUCUAGUAUAAGAAUCUGGCUUGUGCAUUCUAACAUUCAUUUUGCUUAUUCAUUCAAUUCUGCCUGAUCCCAUUUCCAGGCAGGCCACAAGUCGUCCUACAUGACUGCAAUCUAAGUGCAUGUUUUUUUUUGCUUACCCUCAUUGAUUUCUGUACUCAUUCUCCUUAAUGUCAACCCUAUGAUUUUGCUACCUCUGGGUUGUGACUGUCUAAUGGUUAGCCUGACAUGAUCACUGCCAAAGCAGAGAGCGCACUUGGAUCUUAGAACUGCACAUCAUGUGCUGUGUGUAUGUGGUACCCUCUCGACACCUGCACAGUGUGUGUGUGUGUGUGGCCCCUCUGUUUGCAUGCUGAAUAUAAAUGUGAAUGUGUGAUGUAACAUGUAGACAAGUUCACGGAUACGGCGGUGGCGGUGAACAGCAGAAUCAACGGGGAGCACAAGGAGAAGGACCUGGAGCCGUGGGACGGAGGGGAGCAGCAGCAGCAGCACGUCGUCUCAGGCAGCCUGGAGUCCCUGGACACAGACGUGGUAUUGCUUUCCAUUUAGUGCUCUGCAUGUACCGGGGUGUAUUCAUUAGUGCACACUGUAGCAAAACGCUUUGCAACGGAAUAUGUUUUGCAACUAAAAUGAGAGUUUCUGAUUGGACAAAUUCAGGCAGGUCCGUCGCCGUUUCGUUCCGUUUGCUACCAUUUGGUUCCUAGUGAAUUCACCCCUGUACUGUAUCUCUCUCUGCUGCUGUUACUCCCCACUCACCAUCAGUUUACCCCAUCUGACCAACAACCUCUCUCUCUAUCCUCUCUCUCUCUCCAGUCUAAUGGAUGGGACCCGAAUGACAUGUUCAAGUACAACGAAGAGCAGUACGGCAUCAAGUCGACCUACGACAGCAGCCUGUCCACCUACACGUAAGCAGGACUCGCCUCUCUCACUCCACUCACGCCUCGUACAGGCACAGCCAGGUUUAUCAAGUUUAUCUCCUCAUCCACUACCAGUGUGUAGCACCCACCUAGCUUUGUGUGUGUGUGUGUUUGGGGACGGGGGUGUGACUAAGUUUUGCCCUGUGCUGUGCUGCCCCAUGCAGGGUCGCCCUGGAGCGGGAUAACUCAGAGGAGUUCCUGAAGCGGGAGGCGCGGGCAGCCCAGCUGGCACAGGAGAUCGAGGCCAGCGCUACCUACAAGGCCCGCGUGGCCCUGGAGGACGACGAGCGCACCGAGGAGGAGAAGUACUCAGCCGUGGUGCGCGGAGAGAGGGGAGAGAGGGAGCCACACACACUCAACAGGUGGGUCUCUCUGAGGGGGGAUUUCAACAUAAUUAUACUGAACAAAAAUAUAAACAUGCAACCAUUUUUUUGAUUUUACUGAGUUACAGUUCAUAUAAGGAAAUCAAUUGAAAUAAAUUCAUUAAACCCUAAGGUAGGGGCAUGGAUCAGAAAACCAGUCAGUAUCUGGUGUGACCACCAUUUGCCUCAUGCAGCUCGACACAUCUCCUUCGCAUAGAGUUGAUCAGGCUGUUGAUUGUGGCCUGUGUAAUGUUGUCCCACUCCUCUUCAAUGGCUGUGUGAAGUUGCUGGAUAUUGGCGGGAGCUGGAACACGCUGUCGUACAAAUCUAUCCAGAGCAUCCCAAAACAUGCUCAAUGGGUGACAUGUCUGGUGAGUAUGCAGGCCAUGGAAGAACUGGGAUAUUUUCAGCUUCCAGGAAUUGUUUACAGAUCUAUGCGACAGGGGCCGUGCAUUAUCAUGCUCAAACAUGAGGUAAUGGCGGUGAAUGAAUGGCACGACAAUGGGCCUCAGGAUCUUGUCACGGUGUCUCUGUGCAUUGAAAUUGCCAGCGAUAAAAUGCAAUUGUGUUCGUUGUCCGUAGCUUAUGCCUGCAUAAGCCCACCGCCACCAUAAGGACACUGUUCACAACGUUGACAUCAGCAAAUCGCUCACCCACACAACGCCAUACAUGUGGUCUGCGGUUGUGAGGCCGGUUGGACGUACUGCCAAAUUCUCUACAACGACGUUGUAGGCGGCUUAUGGUAGAGAAAUGAACAUUCAAUUCUAUGGCAACAUCUCUGCCAAUUGCACGCUCCCUCAAAACUUCAGACGUCUGUGGCAUUGUGUUGUGUGACAAAACUGCACAUUUUAGAGUUGCCUUUUAUUGUUCCCAGCACAAGGUGCACCUGUGUAAUGAUCAUGCUGUUUAAUCAGCUCCUUGAUAUGCCACACCUGUCAGGUGGAUAGAUUAUCUUGGCGAAGGAGAAAUGCUCACUAACAGAGAUGUAAACAAAUUUGUGAACCAAAUUUGAGAGAAAUAAGCUUUUUUGUGCAUAUGGAACAUUUCUGGGAUAUUUUAUUUCAGCUCAUGAAACAUGGGACCAAAAUGUACAUGUUGCGUUUUAUAUUUUUGUUCAGUGUAAAUAGUUGAUGGUUGUAAGGGUUGCUACAUCCAUGUUCAGCCAGUCACUCGUAACUCGCUCCUUUGGUCAUGCAGGGUUAGCAUACUGGCAUACUGCAGUGUCUUCAAGCUCUUGUUCCAUUGUGGACAGUUCAGAAGCAGGCUUGUAGGUUUAUUGCUGGAUUCCACCACCAAUUCACACCUCUGAUUUGACAUUGUGGUAGUUGCAUUCGUUUGUAACUUUUCCACCUGGGUCUCUGAUCUAGAGAAAACAAGUACAUUCCCCCGGGCCAGAGGAACAGAGAGGGGAUGUCAUGGGGAGCGGGUCGUCAGAACUCCCCCAGGUUGGUCCAGAGCAGCAGUGGACCUCCGCGGCCCGGUCCACAUGACUACAGCCCCAGCUCUGGAGCCGACCAGCGGGUUGUCAACGGAGGUAAGGACCCCCUGCACCCUAGCGCACGGAACAAUAAUGACACCACACAAUCACUGAAUGAGAAAGCACUAUUGUCAAAGCUAGAGGAAGUCUGCGUGUUGGGUCACCCUGGGAGAAUCGCAAUUGCAUUUCCUUGAUUCCUUGUGUCAUCUCGCCUCCUUCUAAAAACCUAUUAGAUGAGGUCAGAGGGGAGGGACCUCUGACCUUCUCAUCCAAUGGGUUUUGAGAAGGAGGUGAUGAGAGAGGACAUGAGGAAUCAAGGAAAUGCAAUUGAGAUUCUCCCCCUGAUUGGGUUGUUACAGGCAUCCUGUAGAGGUUAAAGGGCAGUUGUGUGGACAUCUCUUUGGCUGUCCUUGCAUGGGCCCAUCUCACAGUCCUGAAUCUACCCAAUCCAUUUUCAGCUUCCUUAUUUUCAGUUCACCGGUAUGCUUAACAUUUCUAUCGACACGUCGCUUGAAUUUAAAUCCUUUUCUUUUCCCGAAAUGCAACAUUUUAGUUAAGACGUUCACCUGUAGGAUUCAGGUUAUUCUGACACAGAAUAAGCACUGUGCAAAGAGCAAAAAAUGUAAACUUCAUUUAAUCAUGCAGUGUGAUUUAAUUUAAAACCUUUCUUCAACAAUGAGUAUCUCCAUGGAAGGUGCUUGUUAGUCCAGGCCUAUGUUUAAUCUGUAUCUGCCAAACUGGCCCAUAUUGGUUUGGCCUCGAGUUUCAGGGACUAUUCUGUUGGGGUCAUCUACUCAUCCUCUUAUCCAAAAACCUUCAUUGCAUGCAUCUCGGCCUACAUGAACAUUUCUAAUGUCAGUUGAGUUUAAUUUCCUGAAAUGUCCUGUUGUUCUGCACCUGUUUAAGUUUCUUUGACCUUUUUCAAGUGUAUACUGUUUCAAUCAGAAAAUCACUGGAGUUCAUUCUUCUUUGCUACGCUGUUCCUCUCCCUCUCUACCUGAACCCUCCUCCACCUUUCCUUGAAUCACCCUCCUUUUCCUCAUAGACCUCAUCCUUCCUCUUUACCCCUUCUCCCUAUUAUAUGUCAUUAUUUAUUAUUUGACCUCUUUCUGUCUUUGCUUUCUCUUGUUUUCCCUUAUUUCUCCUCCUCGUCUCAUUCUCCAUUUGUCCCUAUUAGGUGCCGCCUCCUGGCCAUCUCCCUCCUCGCGUCCUCCUUUUUGCUACCAGUCAGGGCCCUCCUCUCUCCCAACCAGGGUGGCCACACCCACCCGGCCUCCCUCCAGACCCCCCUCGCGGCCUUCCCGGCCCCCGUCUCACCCCUCCGCUCACGGCGCUCCAGCUCUCGUCUACACUAUGCCCAAUAGACUCAUGUCCUCCGAAGGUAGCUACCUCCCUCCCAACACACAGAGCCACAUGCACCGCUGGGCUCACUGGACUAGGCUGAUACUGGGUUAGCUGUGCUACUGCAACACUUUUUUUGGUGUGUUUUUGUCUUUGCCUUACCUCCUCUCGCUCUCUCUUUCUCGCUGUCUCCCCUCUCCUCAACUCACACAGAUUGCAUUGUGGUGUGAAUUGUGUGUGGUGUUGUUGGUCACUGAUGGCAGUCUCUCCAGGGGGCUGGGUCUCUGUGUGUCUCACUCACCGGUAACACUCCCAUGUGUGGCAUUGAAACCAGUAUGAACUGGUGAAAGUCUUGUUGUUGUCAGGCAGACUUGUGAGUGCUUACAGUGAGGGAAAAAAGUAUUUGAUCCCCAGCUGAUUUUUUAUGUUUACCCACUGACAAAGAAAUGAUCAGUCUAUAAUUUUAAUAGUAGGUUUAUUUGAACUGUGAGAGACAGAAUAACAACAACAAAAUCCAGAAAAACGCAUGUCAACAUUUUUAUAAAUUGAUUUGCAUUUUAAUGAGGGAAAUAAGUAUUUGACCCCCUCUCAAUCAGAAAGAUUUCUGGCUCCCAGGUGUCUUUUAUACAGGUAACGAGCUGAGAUUAGGAGCACACUCUUAAAGAGAGUGCUCCUAAACUCAGUUUGUUACCUGUAUAAAAGACACCUGUCCACAGAAGCAAUCAAUCAAUCAGAUUCCAAACUCUCCACCAUGGCCAAGGCCAAAGAGCUCUCCAAGGAUGUCAGGGACAAGAUUGUAGACCUACACAAGGCUGGAAUGGGCUACAAGACCAUCGCCAAGCAGCUUGGUGAGAAGGUGAGAAACAGUUGGUGCGAUUAUUCGCAAAUGGAAGAAACACAAAAGAACUGUCAAUCUCCCUCGGCCUGGGGCUCCAUGCAAGAUCUCACCUCGUGGAGUUGCAAUGAUCAUGAGAACGGUGAGGAAUCAGCCCAGAACUACACAGGAGGAUCUUGUCAAUGAUCUCAAGGCAGCUGGGACCAUAGUCACCAAGAAAACAAUUGGUAACACACUACGCCAUGAAGGACUGAAAUCCUGCAGCGCCCGCAAGGUCCCCCUGCUCAAGAAAGCACAUAUACAGGCCCGUCUGAAGUUUGCCAAUGAACAUCUGAAUGAUUCAGAGGAGAACUGGGUGAAAGUGUUGUGGUCAGAUGAGACGAAAAUGGAGCUCAUUGGGAUCAACUCAACUCGCCGUGUUUGGAGGAGGAGGAAUGCUACCUAUGACCCCAAGAACACCAUCCCCAACGUCAAACAUGGAGGUGGAAACAUUAUGCUUUGGGGGUGUUUUUCUGCUAAGGGGACAGGACAACUUCACCGCAUCAAAGGGACGAUGGAUGGGGCCAUGUACUGUCAAAUCUUGGGUGAUAACCUCCUUCCCUCAGCCAGGGCAUUGAAAAUGGGUAGUGGAUGGGUAUUCCAGCAUGACAAUGACCCAUAACACACGGCCAAGGCAACAAAGGGGUGGCUCAAGAAGAAGCACAUUAAGGUCGUGGAGUGGCCUAGCCAGUCUCCAGACCUUAAUCCCAUAGAAAAUCUGUGGAGGGAGCUGAAUGUUCGAGUUGCCAAACGUCAGCUUCGAAACCUUAAUGACUUGGAGAAGAUCUGCAAAGAGGAGUCGGACAAAAUCCCUCCUGAGAUGUGUGCAAACCUGGUGGCCAACUACAAGAAACGUCUGACCUCUGAUUGCCAACAAGGGUUUUGCCACCAAGUACUAAGUCAUGUUUUGCAGAGGGGUCAAAUACUUAUUUCCCUCAUUAAAAUGCAAAUUAAUUUAUAACAUUUUUGACAUGCGUUUUUCUGGAUUAUUUUGUUGUUAUUCUGUCUCUCACUGUUCAAAUAAACCUACCAUUAAAAUUAUAGACUGAUCAUGUCUUUGUCAGUGGGCAAACAUACAAAAUCAGCAGGGGAUCAAAUUCUUUUUUCCCUCACUGUAUGUCCACUGGGUGAAUUGAUGGCCAUUUUAUUGUUGAAGGAAAAAGGGUGUAUGUAUUCCUGAUCAAUGUUUCCCCUAGGAUUAUUUUCAGCAGUGGUGGCAAAGUUAUUGUGGUGGGGAGCGUGGUAUUGGGUGUCCGUGUGGGCAUGUCCAAUGGCGGCGUCUCCAAACAAACAUUUGAGGCCCUCUUGGCUGCAGAGACAAAAUGUAUAUGUUUUAAAGCGAAUUUCCUGCAAUUCUACAUAUUCUGUCAUGGGGCUGAGAGAAAGAAUUGCAGUUUAAAAGCCAAUUUCCUGGAGUUCUACACAUUUUCCCCAUGGCUUAUGCCGUGUUCUUAUGCUAUCUGAGUGACUCAAACAUUAUAACAAAGUCAGUGGAGGCCCCAUGCCACAACAUUUUGGGAAUUUUAGAUUCUCCUGACUGUCUAGUUUUUAUUUUGGUGGUUGUUAGUUCUCAAAGAUGAUCUUAUAAAAAUAUAUAGGUCCAUUUAUCUUUUCAUUUUUUUGUCAUUUAAAUUUACACUGAAAACGUUUUACUAUCCUGAAAAUUAUUUUCUAAAGUACAUUUAAUACAGUCCAUUUGGAAAGUAUUUUCCACAUUUUGUUACGUUACAGCCUUAUUCUAAAAUGAAUUAAAUACAUAUUUUUCCUUGUCAAUCUACACACAAUGCCCCAUAGUGACAAAGUGAAAACAGGUUUUUAGACAUUUUUGCAAAUGUAUUAAAAAGAAAAAACAGAUACCUUAUUUACAUAAGUAUUCAGACCCUUUGCUAUGAGACUCAAUUGAGCUCAGGUGCAUCCUGUUUCCAUUGAUCAUCCUUUAUAUUUCUACAACUUGAUUGGAGUCCACCUGUGGUAAAUUCAAUUGAUUGGAUAUGAUUUGGAAAGGCACACACCUGUCUAUAUAAUGUCCCACAGUUGACAAUGCAUGUCACAGCAAAAACCAAGCUAUGAGGUCGAAUAAAUUGUCCGUAGAGCUCCAAGACAGGAUUGUGUCGAGGCACAGAUCUGGGGAAGGGUACCAAAAAAUGUCUGCAGCAUAGAAGGUCCCCAAGAACAAAGUGGCCUCCAUCAUUCUUACAUGGAAGAUGUUUGGAACCACCAAGACUCUUCCUAGAGCUGGCCGGCCGGCCAAACUGAGCAAUCUGGGGAGGUGACCAAGAACCCGAUGGUCACUCUGACAGAGCUCCAGAGUUCUUCUGUGGGGAUGGGGGAACCUUCCAGAAGGCCUUUAUGGUGGAGUGGCCAGAAGGAAGCCACUCCUCAGUAAAAGGCACAUGACAACACGCUUGGAGUUUGCCAAAAGGCACCUAAAGAACUCUCAGACCAUGAGAAACAAGAUUCUCUGGUCUGAUGAAACCAAGAUUGAACUCUUUGGCCUGAAUGCCAAGCGUCACGUCUGGAGGAAACCUGGCACCAACCCUGCGGUUAAGCAUGGUGGAGGCAGCAUCAUGCUGUGGGGAUGUUUUCCAGUGGCAGGCGACUGGGAGACUAUUCAGGAUCGAGGGAAAUAUAAACGGAGCAAAGUACAGAGAGAUCCUUGAUGAAAACCUGCUCCAGAGCGCUCAGGACCUCAGACUGGGGCGAAGGUUUACCUUCCAACAGGAACACGAUCCUAAGCACACAGCCAAGACAACGCAGGAGUGGCUUCGGGACAAGUCUCUGAAUGUCCUUGAGUGGCCCAGCCAGAGCCCGGACUUGAACCCGAUCGAACAUCUCUGUAGUGACCUGAAAAUAGCUGUGCAGCGACGCUCCCCAUCCAACCUGACAGAGCUUGAGAGGAUCUGCAGAGAAGAAUGGGAGAAACUCCCCAAAUACAGGUGUGCCAAGCUUGUAGCGUCAUACCCAAGAAGACUUGAGGCUGUAAUCGCUGCCAAAGGUGCUUCUGAAUACUUAUGUAAAUGUUAUAUUUCAAUUUAUUUUAUAAAUUUACAAAAUAACGUUUUUGCUUUGUCAUGAUGGGGUAUUGUGUGUAGAUUGAGGAAAAAACUAUUUAAUCAAUUUUAGAAUAUGGCUGUAACGUAACAAUAUGGAAAAAGUGAAGGGGUCUGAAUACUUCUGUACAAGGUUCUCCCAUCUUCACAGAGGAGCUCUGUCAGAGUGACCAUCGGGUUCUUGGUCACCUCCCUGACCAAGGCCCUUCUCCCCCAAUUGUUCAGUUUGGCCGGGCGGCCAGCUCUAGGAAGAGUCUUGUGGGUUCCAAACUCAAUUUAAGAAUUUUAGAAUAAGGCUCUAACGUAACAAAAUGUGGAAAAAGUGAAGGGGUCUUAAUACUCUCCGAAUGCAUUGUAUACCUUUUUUGGGGGGGCUUGGAGGAAGUGGCGAUUGGCUGCCCAGCCGUUGCUAAAUGACUAUAGGGGAAACACUGUCAUGUUAUUCAUUAUUUCGUGAUAUCCAAUUGGUAGUUAGUCUUAUCCCAUCGCUGCAACUCCCAUACGGUGAAGGUCGAGAGCCAUGCGUCCCCCGAAACACGACCCCGCCAAGCCGUACUGCUUCUUGACACUCCUCGCUUAGCCCGGAAGCCAGCCGCACCAAUGUGUCGGAGGAAACACUGUACAGCUGGCGACCGAAGCCAACAAGUUGUCGCUAGAGCGCGAUGGGACAAGGACAUCCCAGCCGGCCAAACCCUCCCCUAACCCGGACGGCGCUGGGCCAAUUGUGCGCAGCCUCGUGUCUCCCGGUCGCGGCCGGCUGCGACAGAGCCCGGGAUCGAACCCGGGUCUGUAGUGACGCCUCUAGCACUGCAAUGCAGUGCCUUAGACCGCCGCGCCACUCGGGUGGCCCGCAGCUAAUUUCAUUUAACCUUUUAUUUAGGCAGGGGGAGACCCUGCUAUCCCUGGUCUAACAGACUGAGCAUUACUGGUACUAAUGAAUGAUUGCAGUCCCUACCUCCGCUUCUUCACCCUUCUGUCUAAAUGAUGUGAUGUCUCACGACAAGCUCUCUCCCUCCAGGCCCUCCCAGGAUGUCACCGAAGACACAGCGCGCCCCACGCACUCACAGAGUUCCCCCUGGGUGUAGAGUCCCUCCGGGAGUAGACUUCAUGCACCACAAUGCUCCAGGAGAGGUGCCCGUGCCCCCGCCAACCCGCAGCAGCUCUUCCGGUGGCACCUGGUCUUCCGUGGUCAGCGGGGGUAAGAGACCACUCUGUCUGUAAGGAUUGGGAUGGGAAUGACGCCCCCUGGCAAAAAAGCUUGGAUUGUUACAGAAAUGUUACUCAAAUAGCCACUGCGUGGUCAUAGUAGGUUUGUGUGUAUUAUAGCUGUGAAGGCUAUGUAGUGCAAGGGAUGUAGCUCUGUGUGACUUGUGUAGAUGUUGGUUAAUGGCGUUCGUUGCUCUCUCCUACAGCACACAGACCUCGCUCCCCUCGGCAGAACAGCAUGGGCGGGGCCUCCCCUGGCCCCUCCUCCCUCCCCUUGCCCCUGACUGGGACCACCCCCGUAGAACCUGUUACCACGCCAUCAGCCUCAUCACCCACUGCUGCUAGCCCCGCCCCCAAUAUGGCCGCCACUCCCUCAGCAGAGGGUAAGUCUGUUUGCCACAUCCAUGCAGACUCUUUUUUUUAUACGUAGAACAUUUUGGGAAGAGUUGAUACACAAUGGUGAAAUUGUGACCCACCCCUUUGCUGUGCUUGAGUAGCAAAUGUGGCUCUGAAGCACUGACUAUAACCUGAAGCUGCGCCAAAGUCAAGCAUUGGUCACUUUUCCAAACAAAGCAGUUUGCUAGGCCGCACUCGACGAUAGAACGGAGGAUGAUGACUCUUUUCCUCUCUUUCUUCCCUCGAUAUAGCAAAAGAGUCUCGUGUCCAGGAGACGAGACAGAACUCCCCUACGGCCAACAAGGAGAACGUGAAGCCCCUGGAGAGCCCCCCUAGUAUCAGCAGACCCCUCUCUAAAGGUCUGCAGCAUGGACACAGCUCACAUUUUAGGGAGAUUGCAUUUCAAAGUCUCAAAUGAAACUGUGCAUUUCUGUAUCGGUGAAAUGAUCAAUGUCACUCCUCUCUCCCUCUCUCCCUCUCUCCCUCGCUUUAUUUCUUGUCCUCUCUCGCUCACUCUCUCGCUCUCUUCUCUCUCUCUCUCUCUCUCUCUCUCUCUCUCUCUCUCUUUCUCUCUCUCUCUCUCUCUCUCUCUCUCUCUUUCUCUCUCUCUCUCUCUUAUCUCUCUCUCUCUCUCUCUCUCUCUCUCUCUGCAGGACCCCCCUCCAUGGCACCAGACCACAGAAAACAAAUAGACAACCUAAAAAAAUUUAGUGUAGAUUUUAGGGUAAGUUAGGUGUCCUCACUAUCAGGCAUUUAUUGAAGAGUCACUUUCCUUCAGCAAGAAGUAUUGACAGUAAAAUACAGAAGAUGUCGCAAAAAAUGUUAGGGUGUUUCUCAAUAUGCAUACUACUGUCUCCACACUCAUGUUCCGAGUGCAUUCUCCACAGACGUUCUCUUGCAUAAAAUAUUACAUUUGAUAGGGUGUCCAAUCAAAAACACAUAUUUUUACCAAUGGGUAAAAUAAUGUUAAUUGUGUAGAUAAUCCUCUAAGAAACCCAGUGGUCCAAAUCUCAUGUCGCUAUCAUAAUCCGUUCAAAGGUUUUUACCCAUGUAGAUGGCCAGAAAUAGGGUGACUAAAUCAAUGGAGGCCAGAGGAAAAAAGUGGUCAGAAAUCAAGAAAAUUGCAUUGUGUCAGCUAGGCUGGAUUCUGUGCAAGAAUUAAUGCUACUUGCAACCUGACAGGCUCACUUUCCUGUUGAACUUGUCAUCUUCUCCGCAGGAUAUAAAAUAAUAUAGCGGUAAGAUGGUUAUCAAUUUUGAGAUAUGACAUGUAGUAUUUUCAUAUUUUAGUAUAUGCUUUUCAUAUUAAUUCAAAAUUCCAGUUUUUUUUAAAGGUUUCUCACAAAAACAAGCGUAUCUCUGUGAGAUGUCAACGGAGCACUGAGCAUAUACCAAGCUUUUUAUUUUCAAAGCCUUUUCCAUUUAAUUCAGCUCGUGUCAUGCUAAUUGUUAUUUUUGCAACCUGUGGAAACAACUUUAAAGACGACGGCCAAAAAAUGUAAAAUCCUCAAAAGAUGUUACGCGAAACCUGCACCUUAUCGGAUGUACAGUGGGGAAAAAAAGUAUUUAGUCAGCCACCAAUUGUGCAAGUUCUCCCACUUAAAAAGAUGAGAGGCCUGUAAUUUUCAUCAUAGGUACACGUCAACUAUGACAGACAAAUUUAGAAUUUUAUUUUCAGAAAAUCACAUUGUAGGAUUUUUAAUGAAUUUAUUUGCAAAUUAUGGUGGAAAAUAAGUAUUUGGUCACCUACAAACAAGCAAGAUUUCUGGCUCUCACAGACCUGUAACUUCUUCUUUAAGAGGCUCCUCUGUCCUCCACUCGUUACCUGUAUUAAUGGCACCUGUUUGAACUUGUUAUCAGUAUAAAAGACACCUGUCCACAACCUCAAACAGUCACACUCCAAACGCCACUAUGGCCAAGACCAAAGAGCUGUCAAAGGACACCAGAAACAAAAUUGUAGACCUGCACCAGGCUGGGAAGACUGAAUCUGCAAUAGGUAAGCAGCUUGGUUUGAAGAAAUCAACUGUGGGAGCAAUUAUUAGGAAAUGGAAGACAUACAAGACCACUGAUAAUCUCCCUCGAUCUGGGGCUCCAUGCAAGAUCUCACCCCGUAGGGUCAAAAUGAUCACAAGAACGGUGAGCAAAAAUCCCAGAACCACACGGGGGGACCUAGUGAAUGACCUGCAGAGAGCUGGGACCAAAGUAACAAAGCCUACCAUCAAUAACACACUACGCCGCCAGGGACUCAAAUCCUGCAGUGCCAGACGUGUCCCCCUGCUUAAGCCAGUACAUGUCCAGACCCGUCUGAAGUUUGCUAGAGUGCAUUUGGAUGAUCCAGAAGAGGAUUGGGAGAAUGUCAUAUUGUCAGAUGAAACCAAAAUAGAACUUUUUGGUAAAAACUCAACUCGUCGUGUUUGGAGGACAAAGAAUGCUGAGUUGCAUCCAAAGAACACCAUACCUACUGUGAAGCAUGGGGGUGGAAACAUCAUGCUUUGGGACUGUUUUUCUGCAAAGGGACCAGGACGACUGAUCCGUGUAAAGGAAAGAAUGAAUGGGGCCAUGUAUCGUGAGAUUUUGAGUGAAAACCUCCUUCCAUCAGCAAGGGCAUUGAAGAUGAAACGUGGCUGGGUCUUUCAGCAUGACAAUGAUCCCAAACACACCGCCCGGGCAACGAAGGAGUGGCUUCGUAAGAAGCAUUUCAAGGUCCUGGAGUGGCCUAGCCAGUCUCCAGAUCUCAACCCCAUAGAGAAUCUUUGGAGGGAGUUGAAAGUCUGUGUUGCCCAGCAACAGCCCCAAAACAUCACUGCUCUAGAGGAGAUCUGUAUGGAGGAAUGGGCCAAAAUGCCAACAACAGUGUGUGAAAACCUUGUGAAGACUUACAGAAAACGUUUGACCUGUGUCAUUGCCAACAAAGGGUAUAUAACAAAGUAUUGAGAAACUUUUGUUAUUGACCAAAUACUUAUUUUCCACCAUAAUUUGCAAAUAAAUUCAUUAAAAAUCCUACAAUGUGAUUUUCAGGAUUUUUUUUCUCAUUUUGUCUGUCAUAGUUGACGUGUACCUAUGAUGAAAAUUACAGGCCUCUCUCAUCUUUUUAAGUAGGAGAACUUGCACAAUUGGUGGCUGACUAAAUACUUUUUUCCCCCACUGUAUUUGGUUACGAAAUCUGACUUUUCAGAUAUAAUCUUAAUGAUAUGUUAAUGAAAGACCCCACUGAACGAUUCAGAACAUGAUUAAUCAUAUUUUUCUUGGUUAAACGUAUUUUAGAACAUGAGGAAGUGAAAUUUAAUCACCGAAGUGCGUUUUCACCCACUCUGGGCAGAGUGGAUGGACACCCUACAUUUGAGAAGCACUGCUGUACUACCUCACGCUGGCUGCACCUCACCAUUUUACUGAAUAUUUUUUCCAGCCACGACAAUGGCAAUAGAAACUAAACAAGAUAUACACAAAGCAAAUGUUUUACUUCAUAAUUAUCGGCUAGCUGUAUGUGAAUCGUAAUAAUCUAUCUAGCCAGCUAGUUGAACAGGCAAACACAACCUAAAACUAAUGUUAUGCAAGUUAGAUGACUUGCAGUCAAUUCUUCGUUGGUAGCUAGCUACCAAUUCUUUGUUGAUAGCUAGCUAGCCCUAUUGACUUACUAUGGGCUUGCGAUCUACGCAAACUACAGUGGGUAUUGUAGGCAGGUAAACAUGCCAAAAUUAACACAGUAUGUAUUUAUUAACACAUCAAGAUAAAAUAUUGUAGUUGGGCAACAAUGAGAUGUUAAUGGGCAACAUUUCUUUCUGAAGUGAGUUUAUUUCCUCUCGCUUCAGCUAAAAUAAUGUCUGCCAUUGAUUUCAAGAAAUUUAGCGUAGUUUUUUACGUGGUUGCAUCAUAUUUCUGUGUAUACUUUCCGGUGAAGCUUGCAUCGACGCAUGCUUCAAAAUACACUACCUGUCAAACGUUUUAGAACACCUACUCAUUCAAGAGUUUUUCUUUAUUUUUACUAUUUUCUACAUUGUAGAAUAAUAGUGAAGACAUCAAAACUAUGAAAUAACACAUAUGGAAUCAUGUAGCAAUAACCAAAUAAGUGUUAAACAAAUCAAAAUAUAUUUUAUAUUUAAGAUUCUUCAAAUAGCCACCCUUUGCCUUGAUGACGGCUUUGCACACUCUUGGCAUUCUCUCAACCAGCUUCACCUGGAAUGCUUUUCCAACAGUCUUGAAGGAGUUCCCACAUAUGCUGAGCACUUGUUGGCUGCUUUUCCUUCACUCUGCGGUCCGACUCAUCCCAAACCAUCUCAAUAUGGUUGAGGUCGGGGGGAUUGUGGAGGCCAGGUCAUCUGAUGCAGCACUCCAUCACUCUCCUUCUUGGUAAAAUAGCCCUUACACAGCCUGGAGGUGUGUUGGGUCAUUGUCCUGUUGAAAAACAAAUGAUAGUCCCACUAAACCCAAACCAGAUGGGAUGGCGUAUCAAUAUAGAAUGCUGUUGUAGACAUGCUGGUUAAGUGUAUAAAUCACAGACCAUGUCACCAGCAAAGCACCCCCACACCAUAACACCACCUCCUACAUGCUUUACGGUGCAAAAUACACAUGCAGAGAUCAUCCGUUCACCCACACCGUGUCUCACAAAGACACGGCGGUUGGAACCAAAAAUCUCAAUUUUGGACUCCAGACCAAAGGACACAUUUCCACCAGUCUCAUGUACAUUGCUCGUGUUUCUUGGCCCAACAAGUUUCUUCUUCUUAUUGGUGUCCUUUAGUAGUGGUUUCUUUGCAGCAAUUCGACUAUGAAGGCCUGAUUCACGCAGUCUCCUCUGAUCAGUUGAUGUUGUGAUGUGUCUGUUACUUUAACUCUUAAGCAAAAAUGUACGCACUCACUUAACUGUAAGUCGCUCUGGAUAAGAGCGUCUGCUAAAUGACUAAAAUGUAAAUGUAAAUUUGGGCUGCAAUUUCUGAGGCUGGUAACUCUAAUGAACUUAACCUCUAAAGCAGAGGUAACUCUGGGUCUUCUAUUCCUGUGGCGGUCCUCAUGAAAGCCAUUUCAUCAUAGCGCUUUAUGUUUUUUGCGACUGCACUUGAAGAAACUUUCAAAGUUCUUGAAAUGUUCCGUAUUGAUUGACCUUCAUGUCUUAAAGUAAUGAUGGACUGUCGUUUCUCUUUGCUUAUUUGAGCUGUUCUUGCCAUAAUAUGGACUUGGUCUUUUACCAAAUAGGGCUAUCUUCUGUAUACCCCCCUACCUUGUCACAGUGUUAGUACAGCCAUAAAAAACUAUCUGUCUCGCUUUCUUUCUCUCGCUCAGUUGCAGUCCAGCUCUAACCCAGAGCCACAGUUUGAGCAGAUGAUGACCAAGCCUCCACCAGAUGCCGCGGGAGAGAAGCCCAAGGAGCUUCCUCUUGACAAGGGUUUGGAGGGGUCUGAGGAGGGCGCCGUGGCCCCCGCCGGGAGCAGCAAGCCAGGUAGCCCUGGAGCACCAUCCUCCUCCUCUACCCUCUGUCCUGCCCCAGAGCAGAAGAGGGGGCCCGAUGUGACCUCACAGGGUGUCCAGACGUCUGCACACACCCUCAGCGGCGGGGCCAAGCCUGAGGACAGAGAAGAUAAGGAGCCUGUCCAAGAGUAAGUGCCAUGGCCACGCAUCUACUCCCAUUGUUUCUAUUUGAGUUGGUGUUUUCGAAUGGGCCUCUUUGAGGAUAAGCACAAAUAACGGAGUGUGGCUUUAAACGACAACUGACCAGCGAUAAUGUAUCAUCCUGGAACUCAAGGGAUUGCUCACGUUGAGGGAAUCAUUGAUUUUGUCUUGAGUUAACUAUGUGUUAAUGUGUUAUUUUUCCCCGCUCCGCAGUCAAAUCAUGAAGUCGACUCUCAAUCCUAAUGCCCAUGAGUUCAAACCCAGGGUGUUCAAUACUCAGGUUAGUUGUCUGACUGCCCCAGUAACAUCAUACCUAUUCUCUUCCUGCUUUUUGACAUCGCCACUUGAGACAUUCCUUUUGAAGCUGUAGUGACUUUUAUAGAGUUUCCCUGUUGUGGUCCCUGUCGUGUGUGUGUGUGCCUGUGUGUUUUUGUGCCUGUGUGUGUGUGCGCGUGUGGCCUGCAGCCCAAGCCGGCCACCACUCCGACCCCCCCGCGGCCCCAGGGCCAGCCCAGCCCCUCCAUCGUGGUGCAGCAGCCUCAACAAGUCUACAGCCAGACGGUCUGCUUCCCCCAGAUGUACCCUCUGACCCCCGUCAGCCCUGGAGUUCAGGUGAGACGCACGAACACACUCUCCAUCCCACCUGCAUGCCCCCGCAACUCUGGCAGUUCAGAAGAAGAAUACGGGUGGAAGCUCAAACUUCCCCUUGAAUUAUAAUUGGUUAAUGAUUGGCAUGCAGACUUGCUAAGCAGCAAGGAAGAUGUAUGAUUGUUCAAAAAUAUUUAGUUGGCCUCUUUUCCCCUCAUAUCUCUCACUGUUGACCUCUCCUCUCUCAGCUUGCAUCACCCCUGCAUCAACCCCUGCAUCUUUAUCUCUAUUUCUCUCCUUGUUGUGGUACAGGAAGGAAUGUAUCAUGCAACAGGAAGGAAUGGUGGGUUAUUUGUGUGGCCCAGCUGUCCUUGGAUAUGCAGUUGUGGCAUGCACAUUAGAGGCCCUCUGCUCCCACUUUGGCCUGUCUGGUCACUGUUUCACCAUUCCCCGCUUUGACCUGUCUGGUCACCAUUCCACAGCCAUAAAGUCACUGUGUGUGGAGUCAUGUGGAGAAGCCUACUGCUUGUUUAUAUUGGUUUGUGACAUUUCCUGAGACUUUAGGUGGGGUUGAGCUUGAAUGAAUGUUUUCUCUGAAUAGGCCUAUCUGUCUUAAUUUUUUUUUUUACUUCUGUGUAGCCUUGAAGAUAAGUGUUUUGUUAUAGGCUAGUUGUAGAACUCAGAGUGAAUGCAGUUUGUGAGACAAGUUAAUCUGUUGUGAAAGAUGUGAUGGUCAGUUCUCUGGACUUUGCUGUUUCCAAAAAUGAUUUAUUGUUAUAAAAUAUAUUUCUGUCUUGAAGUUGCUAUAUAAAUGGUUGGUGAUCCAACAUCGGAAACUUGAGUUCAGAGAAACAUUUCUGGUUAAAGAAACAAACUAGCAACUAAAUUUUUUUUUUUUUUUUUUUUCCUUCUCCUUUUCCUCUCUCUCCAUUAGAAAAGCAUUAUCUGGAAGGUUUGUGCAUUUCUUAAGCUAUCUACUUGAUCCUUACCUUUUUUCCCAAAGCCGUAUGAGAUGUUUUGCUUGCUUGAAAAUGUCCCAUCAGAUGUUGGUUUGCCAAUGUCUUAUUGCAAUUGGCUACAGUUGUUGUCAUCAAGAACAGGCCUUAACCUCAUCCUUGUUUUAACAGCUUUCUUAACUUACUUAAGUGACAUUUACUCUUUCUCCCAGACCUAGUAUAAUAUGACUAGUAUUAUGUCAUUCUUGCUCACAGUUUACAAACACUGAAGCAGUGCAAAGCAAUUCUCACGUAUUUAUUUGAUAAGCCUACAUGUUUGCAGAUAGAUGUAGAAUAAAAACUGCAUGGUUCAAUAGUCAUCCAGUCUAUUGAUGGACAGCUGCACUGUCCUAAGGCACGUGGCCUAAGAUAAGAGACCAGCCAACCGUUCUUCUCACUCCAAGUCCACGAGGCAUGCUGUGAACAAGGAGUGUGGGUGGAUGAGAAGGGAGUCAAAGUUGAAAGGGUGGGGGGGGAGAAUCAAUGGAAGCUUAUAUAUAUCAGUUAGUUCAACUUGUUCUUCUUCUGAUCUCCUCCUGCAGUCUCCAGCCAUGUACCACGUCCAGAUGCCUCAUAUGACGGUGAGCCAGUCCAAGCCCUACAGACCAGGUAAAGGUGAGAAUGCUCACUGGCAACGCUGUCUGUCCCUUGUCGUCCCGUCUUCAUUAAUAGCACAGUACAGCAUCAGCCUGCAUUUUGGUAUUAGUCAGACACACAAAUGCGUAGGGAGUCAAAGCUUUCUGGCAAACACAUAUUCAAAAGGGAAGAAGACCACGUGUGCAGGUAAAAUGUUUUGUCAUAGCACUUGGUCUGCAUGGGGUCGUAGCGGUGCUUGAUAGUGCUGUCUAGUCUGCUGGGGAGCUAACCAGCUGCUCUGAUUUAACAGUGCUGCUGUGCUUUUGGAAAGCAUGUCAUAGGGUGAAUUCAGUACUGUAGACUAAUAUUGAAUUUAAGAAGGCUGUGCCCCCCCUGCACAUAUCUCUUUCCUGUAAUUCUGGACAUUGUGUUCUGAAUGGUUGUUGUGUGCCACUGGCUGCUGCAGUAGCCAACAUGCCCCAGCAGAGGUCAGACCAGCACCACCCCCAGGGCACGCCCACCAUGAUGCACCCGGCCCAAGCCGCAGGGCCGCCCAUUGUGGCCCAAAGCCCCGCCUACUCAGCCCAGUACUUCACCUGCAGCCCACAGCAGUUUACCAGCCAGCAACUGAUGCAGCAGAUGCCCCACUACCAGUCACAGGUAACAAUCUGCCAAAAUAACAACUCGACUCACUUUUAUGGACCGUGGAAAGACGUAUCACAAAAGAUUGGCAUGUAUGCCUUUGAAUAGGACACACCCACACACAUGCACAAGUAAUGUGUGUCCCCCCCCCCCCACCCACCCCCGUCAGGCCCAGCAUGUGUUCAGCCCGGUGAUGCAGGGUCAGGCCAGGAUGAUGGCCCCUCCCAACCACGGCCAGCUGGUCUCCUCCUCCGCCACCCAGUAUGGCGAGCAGACUCACACCAUGUAUGGUAAGAGACACCCCCCCCCCCCUCCCUUCUGUGUGUGUGUCACUCUUUUGUCCAUUGUCCCACUAUCUGGUUGUGUUUGUGUGUACCUAAUGUUGGCACCUAGAACCAAAUCAGCUACUUCAUUUUGGUUCUGGGACCGGAAGUAGAGAGAUUUGUAAUAGCGUUGCAUAGCCACUCUAAUUCAAUGUAAAAAGCAUAUAUAUAUAUAUAUAUAUAUAUAUAUAUUACGUUAGAUAACUUUGUUGUGGUAAAGCAAACACUCGUAAAACACUCGUCAUGGAUGUCUCCGUUGUCUGUCUCUUCUGGUCCGUUGCCAAUAACUCAGUCUUUGUUUUGGGGUUCCAGUGUCACAAGGCCCCAUGCCGCAGCAGUACCAGCACCCCAACACCACCCUGCACCCCCACUCUCAGCCCUCGGCCACCCCCACAGGCCAGACCCAGCAGGGUGGGCAGCACGGGGGAAACCACCCGGCCCCCAGCCCCGUCCAACAGCACCAACAGCACCAGGCUGCCGCCGCAGCUGCCCAGGCCCUGCACAUGGGCAACCAGCCCCAGCAGCAGAUGUACCAGGCCCUGGCCCCCACCCCGCCCUCCAUGACCCCGGGGCCCAACCCCCAGUCCCCCCAGGGCAGCUUCCCCUCGGCUCAGCAGGCCGUCUACCUCCACCCCCAGCAGAUGCAGCACGGCUACAACCCGUCCCACAUGGCCCACAUGCAGCAGGUGAGCUCCACCUUCAGAAGCCCUUCCCUUCACUCUGAGUACAUACCAUAUGAGCAGGUUAGUGGUCCCAGGAACAAAAACACAAAACCCUUUUAUGGAGUCAGUAACAGUUGUAUGUAUCUCUUUCUACUAAUGUUCUCGCUCUCUCUCUCUCUCCCCCUUAGGCCCAUAUGCAGUCUGGGAUGGUGCCCUCCCACCCUGGCCACCCUCAGAUGAUGCUGAUGGCCACCCAGCAGCCAGGGGGCCCCCAGCCCCAACUCCCCCAGAACGCCCUCAACCCCAUCCCGGUGUCCUCCACUACGCACUUCUCUUACUUGGCACACCCCCAAGGUACGUCUCUACGUCACCCCAUCCCUAUAUGUCUCAGGGGCAGGACUCCUCCAAUCACCUGACGGAUGUCUCUCUACUGCUUGUUCAACUAAACACACUUCCACGUAUUAAUUUGGGGCAAACGUGUUUGUUCAUCAGUUCAAUGUUUGAUCCAGUUUUCCCCAGCCUUAUCGUUAAUGAUACAUUUAGCAGAAAACGGAAACGACUGUAAUAAGUGCUAUGAUAAAUGCAACUAUGUAUUCUAACCCCGAAUGGCCAAUUUCACUGAUUUUCCUCCGUUCUGUGUCCCUCCAGUGCAACAGCACCAUCAGUAG